GUAUGGACUGUAACUGUGUCAGUGACCUGCUGCUCACUCCCCCUGUCCCAGCUCUCUGGACACCAGGCAUUGCCUUCCCGGACUGGGCCUACAAGCCGGAGUCGAGCCCGGGGUCCCGGCAGAUCCAGCUGUGGCACUUCAUCCUGGAGCUGCUGCAGAAAGAGGAGUACCAGGGGGUGAUCGCCUGGCAGGGGGACUACGGCGAAUUCGUGAUCAAAGAUCCAGACGAGGUGGCGCGGCUGUGGGGCAUCCGAAAAUGCAAGCCUCACAUGAACUACGACAAGCUGAGCCGGGCGUUGAGGUACUACUACAACAAACGCAUUUUGCACAAAACCAAAGGCAAGCGCUUCACCUACAAGUUCAACUUCAGCAAGGUGGUUCUGGUCAACUACCCGCUCCUGGACAUGGCCAGCUCUCCCUUCCUGCUGGCCCAGAACCACUUCAACGGAGGGUCAGCGGCCCCCGACUGCACACCUGAGGCUCUACAGUCCCUGUUCCCGCGUUUGCCGGAGUCAGGGAGGGGGGGCUCUCUGUUUGAGAGAGCCGGAGGUCCCCCCGGGCCAGACGGGGACAAACUGAGACUGGACACGUUCCCUUUCCUCAGCUCAGGAGCCCCUUGCUACUCUAAGCCCCCUUCCCUGCUGGGUCCUUACCCCCGUAACCCACCCUUCGACUAUCCCUGGGGCUUCAACCCCUACCUCCCAGGGGCGUUCUCCCUUAACAACUGCCCCAAACUGCCCCCCGGCUCCCUCUACCCCUCCCAUUUCUACCCCAACCCGCUGCAGAGCAGCCUGUCCCAGUUGCCCCACCCCUUCUCUUCCCUGCUGCCGCCGGGGGAGACGGGGGAGAGGGGAGGGGGGCAGACGGGCGGGACGAACGGCACAGCGGGCGGGCAGCCUGCGAGACUGUGCUUGCCCCCUUACCCGGGCACCCUGUCGCUCAGCCGGACUGAGAUAGGGAACGGGGGCGCGGGGGAGAGGGAGAGGGGAGAGGCCAACACCCAAGGCAGCGGGCUGGGGUUAGGGUUAGGGCUGGGGCUAGGGCUGGGGAUAGGGGGUGUCGGUCUGGGAAGCGCCGGGGGCAGACAGAGCCCCUCAGAGAGGCGGGGGGGAGUGAAGCAGGACCCCGAAUCCGACUCGGAGCUGGAAAUCACGGAUCUGAGCGACUGCAGCUCGGAGAACGAGAACGAGCCUGACUUUGCCAUCUCCAAGGAGGGGAGGCUAACAGGCCGGGCGCACAUUCUUGAAGCCAAAACGGCAGUCCCCCUACCACCCCUCUCCUCCCUUCCCCCUCCGGGAUCUCCCCACCCCCUCAAAAGCCUGCUGCCAGGCACCCCUCCACCUCCAUCUCUCCCUCCUUCUCUCUCUCCAUCCCUCUCUCUGGUAGACCGACACAGGGAAACAGAAGCACUCAAACUGACUCACAGCUAAUAAAUUCUAGUUCUUGUUCAAUACAUCUAUCCUUCCUACUCCCUC